GUCUCCUUAGAAACCAAACAAACAGACAGUAGGAGCACAGACAUGCCAGGGAGAAACUGGCUCUCCUGCUGCUGUUGUUAAAGCUACAGCAGAUUCCUACUAAUCCUAUCCAAAAAACACAUCAAGGACCCUACCGUGCUCCCUUGAUUUACUGUUUAUUUUGACUGCACCACGCCACCACAUAUUGGAUUUGUAAUAGCUAUAAUCUCUCUGGAAACUUGUGCAAUUGAAUGCAGAAGUCAUGUCUCACACGUUUUAUAACAAGAUGUGGGGGGAAGCCCAGCAAGCUCUGUGUCACCUCCUUCAGCAGGAGAUGCCAGAUGUUCCACCGAAGCCUGAGAAGGAUCGCAUGGCAGCUGCUCAGUUGCUUAGCACCUUGUACAUCAGAUAUUUGCAGAUUUUCCGCAGCCUGGAACUGGCGUACGAUCAGAUGACACACCCCCAGAAGCGGAGGGUGGUCAGGCUUGUGCUAGAUGGGGUGAUGGGACGAAUCUUGGAGCUAAAGAAUGAGCUUGUUGAGUUGGAGAUAUCUGAGUUUCACUAUUUUGACGACAUUCUGCAGGAUUUGAAAAUGGGACCAGAAUGCCUUGAAAUCCCCAUACCAAAAUACUUCAUCAAGGAAAAACUGAAAGUGUUAAAAGAACGGGAGCGAAUUCUUUCAGAGAUCUUACAGCGAACUGGAACUCAGGAGUCUGAAACGGCAAAAGCUGUGAAGCAGAUGUCCCUGGAUGAAGCUGUUCGUGUGAUCCAGGUGUCGGAAAGGGCACGCCAAGGGCGUCUGAGAGCAAAGUUCAUGACAGAGAUAUAUCUAGAAGAGAAAAGGGAGAGGCUUGCAAAACUGCAUGGCGAGAAAGCUUUAGACCCUGAGGUAGCUGCACCUCUCAUUCAGAAGGUCUGGCAAGGCUACAUCCAAAGGAAGAGAACCAAGCAGCACAGAGAGACGGAAAUGAUUUUCCUGGGCAUGAUGCCACCGCCAAACUUCAGCAAGGUUAGCAUGGCAGAGGUACUUGCUAGAAAGACAGAAUCACUACGUUGUCAACUUCAGGAACAACAUGAAGCUGAGUAUCAGCAUUCUCUGGCUCAUAUAAAAGAUUCCAUACGAGAGACAGAAUCCCUGGACAUGAAGGAAACAUUGCAGGACCAGAUCCGUCAGUGGUUCAUUGAGUGCAGGCAUGCAACAGGAAAAUUUCCCGAUUUCCCAGAUGAAGACGAUGGUGGUUCCAAUGUUAUCUUUGCUCAGAAGACUCCAGAGCAGGUUGCAGCAGAACUUGCUGCCAAAGAGGAAGCCAAGGAAAAGAAAAAAAAAGAGAAAGGGAAGAAAGAGAAGGAAAAAAAGAGUGGGAAGAAAGGAAAAAAUAAAUCUAAAGGGAAGAAAGGAAAUGAAGAGGAGGAAGAAGAGGGAUGGAAAAUGAGCGCUAGUACUUUUCUUCCUGACAUUACUUCAGCAAACCAGACAUAUCAAGGUGUUUGGCAGAAUCGGGAAGAAGCCUGGAACCUUCACCAAUCCCAUGAUCCAGAGCUCAUCAAAGAAGAAAAGAGGAAGGAAGUAGAAGAGGAAGUUAGAGUACAGGUUGAUGAGCUGAUGAGACAGGAGCUGCUGAACCUCAAGCUGUCAGUGGACAGAGAGAAGAGCAAAAAGAAAAAAAGCAAGAAAGGGGGAAAGAAAAAGAAGAAAGGGAAAAAAAGUGGAAAAAGAAAGAAAAAGGAAAAAGAUCUUACUCCCAACAGGACCAUUGAUUCUCUUUAUGAAGAACUCGUCACAGAAGGUCUCCUUAUCAAACCAAAGCCUGUGCAACUGUCAGAUUAUCUUGGUGAAUACAGCUAUCUUGGCACCACUCUACGGCAAGCAGAUAUUGAGCCAAUGCCAUCACUAAGUGAUGUGAAACAGCUGCUAGUCCUUUAUGGGAUUCUUCCACUUGGCUGUGAGUCAGUACAUGAGAAGGCUCCUUCAAUGAAGACAUUGCUCCUGGCAGGACCAUCUGGUGUGGGAAAGAAGAUGCUUGUGAAUGCCAUCUGCAACGAGACUGGAGCCAAUCUGUUUAACCUGUCACCUGCAAACAUUGCAGGCAAGUACCCAGGCAAGAGUGGCCUGCAAAUGAUGCUGCACAUGGUGCUAAAGGUUGCGCGCCAGCUACAGCCAUCAGUUAUUUGGAUAGACGAUGCAGAGAAAACCUUUUACAAGAAGGUGCCAAAGACAGAGAAGCAGUUGGAUCCAAAACGACUAAAGAAAGACCUUCCCAAACUCCUAAAAUCGCUAAAGUCAGAAGAUCGCAUCCUUGUCGUGGGGACUAGUCAAAGGCCAUUCGAAGCUGACAUCAAAUCUUUCUGUAAAGUUUAUAAAAAGAUUAUCCUGAUCCCUAGGCCAGACUAUGCGUCAAGGCUAGUUCUAUGGAAGCAGCUGAUCACCGUGCGAGCUGACAGUGCCAGUGCCUCAGUGAAUAUUAGUGCUCUGGCUAAGAUCACUGAUGGCUUCACCCCUGCUCACAUUGUGCAGGCUGUGGAGAAUGUGCUGAAUGAUAGAAGAGUUGGGCAGCUUUCCCGCAAGCCACUGACUGCUGCUGAGUUCCUGAAUUCACUCUGCCGUCAGGAGCCAGUAUAUAAGGAGGAAGAAGAGGCAUUCAAGGGUUGGUAUGCCAAAACACCUCUGGGAAGGAAGAGAAGCAAAGCAAAGUCCAGUGGAGAGGAAGAUACGGGGAAAGACAAAGGCAAAGGAAAAAAGAAAGGAGCUAAGAAAGGAAAAAAGAAAUAGACUGCUCAACUGUCAGUAUUUUACAGCUACAGCUCUCUCACAAUUCAACAACAAGAUUAACAUAAUUUACAAUAAAAGAUCACAACGAAAA